AUGCUGCGCACCCUCGCGCUGUGGGAGUCGGUGAAGAUGGGUUCACAAACAGCUGCGGUCAUAGGCGCUGGUCCCUCCGGGCUCUCUAUGUUGAAGACGCUACGUGAAGAUGGCUUCAAAGUCACUUGCUAUGAGAGGAGGAGUCAAGUCGGUGGUCUGUGGGCGUAUACGGAUGAUAAGUCGAUGACGACCGCUCUUCAGUCAACUUCUGCCAAUAUCAGCAAGUAUACGUGCGGCAUGUCGGAUUUUCCCAUGCCAGACAAGUACCCUCACCAUUUGACGCAAGCCCAAUUCCAGGAAUAUAUCGAAUCAUAUGCUGAGCACUACAACCUGCUCAAGGACAUUGUCUUCAAAGCCUCGGUACAAAGAGCAACGCGGAAUGAAGACGACACCAAAUGGCGCUUAGAGUACCUCAUCAAUGGCCAACCUCAAGUGGCAGAGUUCGACAAAGCAGUUUUCUGCCAUGGCUAUCAGACCAAGGCGAGAAUGCCGGAGUUCGAAGGCGGAGAGAAGUACGAAAGGAUUCUUAUCCAUGCUCAAGAAUUCCGCACCGCCGACGAAUUCAAGGACAAAAAGGUCAUCAUAGUAGGCAUGUCCAGCACUGGCUCCGACAUCGUAAACGCCCUGCUUCCUGUAACAUCCAAAAUCUACGUCUCGCAUCGACGAGGCCGCCACAUUGUCGGCACCUUCAGAAACGGGACUCCCGCGGAUCUCAUCGUCACUUGGCGGCGGCGCCAAAUCGCCGCGUUCCUCCAACGCCGCUUACCCAACUUCCAUAAGUGGGCUGCGGACACCGGGCUAGCAUUUCUCUGUCGCCAGGUUUGGGGAAAGCCAGACCCCGAGUGGCGCUUGGAACCCGCGCCAUCGCCUCUGUUAUCGCUCCCUGCCGCGUCGGACACACUAAUACCGCAGCUGAAAAGCGGGCAGAUUGCCUCCUUACAAGGUAUCAAGCAGUUCACGGGCCCACGAUCUCUGGAACUGAAUGAUGGAACGGUUAUAGACGACGUCGACGCCGUCAUUUGCGCAACCGGCUAUAAAGCGGAUUUCACCGUCGCGCCCUUUAUCGAAACAAGCAAGCCGCCAAACUACGAAGGCCCUGAACUAACGCGCCUGUGGAUGAACAUGUUCCCACCUCAAUACGCCGACUCCAUGGCCCUCGUCUGCCACUCCGCCUUCGGCAAAAACAACGGCUUCUCUUUCAACGACGUAACAAGCAUGGCCGUAUCUAACAUCUUCCGCCACGUGCACGCGCUCCCCUCGCCCGCCAUCAUGAACGCCGACAUUGACGCUCACCACGAAUGGCUCGCCGGCCGCUGGCGACUUGACGAGAUCUUCGACCCGUCCGCGGUCAAGACGUGGCAGUUUCAGGCUUUCCUUCACGAGGCAGCGGGGACCGGGAUGGAGAAUCUUGGCUGGGGAUGGAAGGGGUGGAAGUUUUGGUUCAAGGACCCGAAGAUGAGCUGGUUGAUGAAUAAUGGGGUGGAGACGGCACAUGCGUUUCGGUUCUUUGAAACAGGGAAGAGGAGGACGUGGGAUGGAGCCAGAGAGGCGAUUAUUCAUAUGAACGAGGUUGUGAAGAGCGAGUUUCCGCUGAAGGAGACGGAGAAGCAGAAGUAG